AUGAGCAGCAGCAGUAGCAGCGGCACACGCAGCAGCAUUCGGCAUGGUGGCACCAAUCGGAGUCUAAUUAACAGCAACAACAUCAUCAACAACAACCACAGCAAGCAUGCGAUCGAUCCGUCCCCGGUCGACACCAUACGGUGCACGACGUCGCUCCGGGACCAUCCGUGCGGGUCACCAACGACGGUUGGCAACGGUUCGGUGAGCGUCGGUGUGCAAGAUGGGACACAAACUGGGCCACCGUAUCGUCGUCCACCCACUGCCGCCACCUCCAUCAACAACAACAACAACAACGACAACCGGCUGGCCGGGGCCGAAAUGUGUGGCCUAGAGGCGACCGGAGCGACGACGUCAACAUCGACCGCGCCACCGACGCAAUGCCGCAACAGCGUCACGAUGAGCAAUAGCCGUGCAUCCGCCGGAGACAUGCCACUGCGUCCGGCAUCCGCAGCCUCUACGGCGUCCACCUCGAUGGCGUCCAGCACCGCGAGCGGGAGGAUGCAAACGUCUGAUGGGCGUUCACCGCAGCAGUCGGGAGGAAAACCCGUACCGGAAGAUCCGUACGCCGAGCUCGAAAGGAUCCUCGAGAAGGCUCAGGCGGAAAUAUCGGAAAUGUUUGCCCAGACGGUGCGGGAGGAAAGGCAGAACUGUGCCGCCGCAUCCUGUUCCGCGACCGGGCCGAACCAGCAGGUGGACGGCGGAGGUGGUGGUGGUGGGGGUAGCGGCCAGCUGCUAAAGCGUAAAAACGAGUCGAAGAUGGCCGGAGCCCUGUACCACCAACCGCAACAUCACCAGCAGCACAAUCAUCGACAGCACUCUAGUCAUCACCUGAAGUACGCGACCAUAGCGCACGCGACCGUUACCCCGCAUCAGAGCGAUGGGUACGAGCCCGCGACGGCCACGCUCGGCCGAAGCCGACAGCAGCUGGAGCACGAGGCGAAACGGACCCGCAACACCUUCGACCCUCGCUACCGUUCGCACGAUCCGAUGGAAGUGGUCAGCUCGACGACCGUCGGCGAAGCUCCGGCGUCGAGUCAGAGCACGAUCGACGUCGGGAGCUACCUCGGUCGGAACGCGCCGGAACACUCGGACAGCCUGUCGGACGACAUGAGCCUGCUGGACGUGGGGGGAGCCGGGUCGACGCACGAGGAUAGCGUGGAGGGGGCCGGCGGUGAUACGUCCGACGAGCGCGAAACGACCGUCCGGAGGCGCUACCAGCGACAUUCCCCGAGCGGUAGUGCACCACUUACGGGGCGCAGCUAUGGUGCGAAGGCGGCCGCGAAAGGGGGACACCACCACACCAUGGACCCGCUGGCCGAUCGGAGUAACAAGAGUAGCACGAACAGCCUGCCGUCCGUCGCCGGGCAUCGCAAUUUGGCGCUGCACCUCAAGUUCAAGUCCCACCAGAGUGCGAUCGAUGCGAAGCGGAAGCAGUUCUUUCUCACGCUCGACCAGGAACCGUUCCAACCGCUUAACCGCUCCAACAUGGCCGAUCUUCCGUCGCCCAGCAGCACCUCGCUGCACAGCGGACACAGCCAGCUGAUCGCGGAAGAGCUCGGCACCAAGUCCAGCUCGGCACCGGUUCUCUUGAAGGACGAAGAGAACGUUCUCACCGCCGCACGGGCAAAUCUACGCUACUCGAGGUCACAGAGCGAUCGGCAUUUGGCGGAAAUCGAAGCGAUCGAAGCGUGCCGCUGGCUACGUGCCGCCGGUUUUCCACAGUACGCGCAAAUGUACGAAGAUCACCAGUUCCCGAUCGUCGUCGAAGAUGUGGCGAAAGAUCAUCCCUUCCUGGAGAACGACCCGCUGCAGUCGCUCUUCCGUCGACUUCACACGCUAAACCGUUGCGCAAACAUGCAUCUGGACGCGCAUCAGCACACACCAAAGCCGUCGCAACGCGAUGACUCAGAUGACGACAGUUGCGCGCUCAGCGAAGCCUGGACAUUCCAACACAACAGUCGACGCUGGUCGCGCGUGGAUGACGCGAUCGGGCUGGUUAGCGUGAUCAACAACAAGCAGCAGCAACACCGGAAGGACGGACAUACCAAAGGCACCGGGAAAGGCGAACCGCCGGUAGAUGCGUCCGGAGGGAACCCGCAGCAGCAGCAGCAGCAGCAACCACAACAGCGCAAGCACAACAACACCCUGCUGCGGGCCGAGGACCACGAGAAGCUGUGGCUGGAAGGCGGCGGCAAGAUUACGAUCGGUGUUCCGUCCGAUACGGACUCGCAGGAUGACAGCGUCGGCGGGACGGUGCACCUGCGGCGGACCGGCAGCGAGCGGCUCAAGGAUGGUGCCAAGGCGAUCUUGCGUCGGGUGGAGUCAAUCAAGUCCCGGCGGCGGAAAAAACAAAACCGCGACGGGCUGAUCAUCCUGGCGCCACCGUCGGGCGGGUCGCAUCUGUCCCCGCACCGCGCGCUCGACGACGGUCCGAGGUUCGACAUUAUGUCGUACUCCAAUCCUACGUCGCCCCGCCCGUCCGCCGAGAUGCUGCACUUUGAUGACGCGAUCGAUGCGGCCGGCAACCGGAAGAAUCUGUUCGCCAACGAGCUGGGCCGCAAUCUGCUGUCGCCGAACGUGAACGCGUGGGAGGGUGGCAAGCGGUACGGAGACCGCUCGUCUUCCCCGGUCACAACCGGUGGCGGCAGUGGCGGACCGCUUCAGUUUCGGCAACAGGUUCAGCUGCAACACGAGGCCCGCUCGGGCGAUGAUUCAUCCUCGAUCUGUAGCGAAGACAGUGGCGGCGGUGGGGACGCAUCGAAACCGGUCGGCUGGAAGUAUCAGCGAACGAAAAAGGCACUCCGGAGCAAGGUGGUGACGAGCACGGUUGCGGACGAUCCGUCCGGUGGAGCGUUGUCCGACUCGGAGUACCAAGCGUCCACGCGUCGAACGCGCAUCAAGGUGGAGCUGGCCGGGGACCUGCAGAAAGGAUCGGGCGGAAAGGACGCUGUGUCCACCACGACCGGCAAUGGAAAGGCUGCAGGCAAAGUGGGGAGCACCACGAGUGGUAACACUUUGGCCGCACCGGACACGAACUCUCCCUCGAAGCUGCACCGGGGAGGAUCGCUCAAUCUCGGCAAGGCUUCUAAACGCUACCGGGACGCGUUCAGCAAUCGGUCCGUUCGGCACAGUGCAAAGGUGGGUGACGAUUCCGAGGGUCGCUCGACGUCGAGCAAACGGCCAACGGUAGCCCGCUGGCAUAGCUUCCAGCAGCCGAAAGUGUCUCCGAUCGGUCUCCAACAGUCCGAUCAAGUGAACGUGAUCGUUCCGAAGGAAGACCGAAAGCAACAUCUGCAGCAGCAACAACAACGGGGAGGCACAACACUAGUCAGCAGCUCGAAUGUCAGCGUCAAGCUGCAUAAACCGUCCCUGGGGGUUGGCGCCGACGGAAAGCAACAGCUGCAAAUUCAUGGCGAUCCCACGCCAGGGAGCCGGUCGGGAGGCUCCACUAUGGCCAUCACCACCACCGGCCUGCGAAUGUCGGAAAUGUCCUGCGGCCAGCUGCUGGUCGUACGGAAGCUCGGUCUAGCCAACCUCACGGGCUACAUGGAACGCUACUGCCCAACGCACCGUUCCGGCUGGAACUGGGACCUGCCAAAGUUCAUCAAGCGUAUCAAGACGCCCGACUACAAGGACCGCAAGGUGUUUGGGAUGCCGCUGGUGCUAAAUCUGCAGAAGUACGGCAGCACCGUCCCGUACACGAUACGGAUGGCGUUCGCGUGGCUCGAGCGGAACGCCCUCGACCAGGUGGGCUUGUUCCGGAAGCCGGGCGUAAAAUCGCGCAUCGCCAAACUGAAGUCGAUCAUCGAGGCGAGCAACGAUGUCGGGUUGCGGAGCGAGAUGUUCGACGAGUACCACGCGUACGAUGUGGCCGACCUGCUGAAGCAAUACUUUCGCGAGCUGCCCGAUUCGUUGCUGACGGCAAAGCUCUCCGAGACAUUCAUUGCUAUAUUUCAGUAUCUACCGGAGGAAGUUCGAGCGGAAGCGGUCCAGUCCGCCAUCUUGCUGCUACCGGACGAACAUCGGGAGGUGCUUCAUCUGCUGCUUACAUUCCUCGACCAAGUUGUGCAAAACUCAAAGCUUAACCAAAUGACGGCGAACAACUUGGCCGUCUGCUUCGCGCCGUCGCUCUUCUAUCUUCUGUCCGGCAACAGGUAUACGGCAGCAUCGCCGCGGCGUAAGAAAACCGGUGCCGGUUCGGGCACACCGGACGAAAGGGAACUAUCGGAGGCGAAGGCGUCGCACGAGUGCCUGGCGUACAUGAUCGAGCGCUUCCAGAGCCUGUGGACGAUCACGAACGAUCAGAUGCGGCGCUGCAACUUCAACUACCUGGACGAGUCGAAACCGGUGCUGCUAGCCUCGCUCGGAGCGGAAAUGCACGUACAGAACUGGCGCGGCUACCUAUCGGAGUCGAUCAACGAGUGUCUUCGGGAGGGCCGCGAACGGCCCCGUGGUUGGGUUUCGCUCAGCUCAACCGAUCCGUCGGUCGCUGUGUUCUUCAAGAAGGUGGGCGACGGUCAUCCACUGCGGUUGUGGAAAUGCGUCACCGAGGUCGAGGCCCCACCAAUGGAGGUGAUACAGCACAUCGUCAACGAGCGAUCGCUCUGGGACGCGUAUCUGUUGAAGUGGCGCACAAUCGAGCAGCUCGACCAGGAUACCGACGUCUUCCAGUAUGCAUGCGGCCAGCCGAUCACGGAGUACUGCGUCGUUAGACAAUGGAAGAACGAUCUACCACGCGGUGCUUGCGUGAUCGUCGAGGUAUCGAUAUCGCACGAAAACGCCACAUCGCUGCUUAGCGGCGUGAACGGGGUUGUGCUGGCCUCGCGUUACCUGAUCGAACCGUGCGGAAGCGGAAAGUGCAAACUGAUGCAUCUGUCGCGCGUGGACAUGAAGGGUCGCACGCCGGACUGGUACAAUAAAAACUAUGGACACAUAUGUCAGCAAUACCUUUCGAAAAUCAAAAAAUUCUUCGAACACUGCACCGAGGGACCUGAGACUAAAGUGUAAUCAUAGAAAAUGGACCUUUACCUUUCACAAAACGUGCGUAUGUGCGUCGGUGUAAAGCAGCACGAAGACGAACACAUCUGUAAUCACCUGUAUUAGCGCGGAGAAAGAAAUCUCUCAGCAAGAAACACCGGGAAGCGACCCUUUCCACCGUUUCCAAAUCAAACUCAAUCCAGACUGAUGGUAGAAACAAGAGUAAACGCCAAAAUGCUCCUGGCCAACGAGGUUUCCUCUCGACAGUUCAAACCACAACCACACAAAGUGUAGUGAAAAAACAUUGUUAACCUUGUGACAUUUAUAUAGAACUAUAUACAUACACCUUCAUUGAGCAACAGAAAAAAAGUGAAGACAGUGGAAAAAUAUUAAGUAACUCUAAAACGCCAAAAGAAGAUAUAUUCAGCGUGUAGCGUGUACCUAAGCGUGAACCAGUUAUUGUUUCCCCUUCUGAAACAUUCCAGACUUUUGCAUUACCAAGUGCCUACGAUGAAUACAAACCAGAGCAAACGUACCAGAUAGAUACAGCUGAUGCGGUGAAGCGUGUGGAGUGGAGAAAUUAUAUGAAACAAAACCCGGGGUCUACGUCGCAAGUAGACAAAAACAAAACAAACCUCCCUUGUUGCGGUAACCAAGCUAAAAGUGGGAGAAAGUUAGUGCAUUAACUCCACGAACACAACACCACAAGUAAAACUAGUCCAACCAGAGAAAACUUAACCAACGUAUUGCAAAGCUUUUUGUUUUUGCAUCAAAC